CGGACUUUCCACAGCCGAGGCUUACUAAGCCAAAGCCGGUCAAGAUGCGAUGACCUAAUACGUCUCUACUACCUACAUUAUCUAUACAAUACCUACUAAGCUACCGGUCUUUACAAAACUGAACUUAAACAACGACACGAUGGCAGCGACGCUAAACCCACUAGCGCAGCACGGGAGCUCCAGCCCCAGCCCGCGCGUCUCGCGCGAGACCCUCGUGAUCGCCGGCCUCAAAGUCGACGUCUACGGGCUCGCGGAGCUGGCGCACACCAAUUCCGCGUGCAAGGUCUCGUGCCUGUGGCUGCACCACCCGCGGCUGUGCGCCAAGGAGGACAUGGCGGACAUCGCGAACCAGGCGCUCGCUGCGUACUACCAGGCUGCCUCGAGUGGUGGGGGGGAUGCGCGGCGAGGGUUGAUCGCGGUCGCGUUCGAUCAGCGGAAUCAUGGGUCGAGGCUCGUGGAGCCGCUGGCGAACGAGGCGUGGAGGAGUGGGAAUAAGACGCACGCGCAGGAUAUGCUAGGGACUGUCACGGGUAUGGUUGUGGAUACGACACACCUGCUCGACGCGAUAGAAGGCUAUCUGUUUGGCGCUGGAGACGGUCCUGGCAUCAUGCCUGACGGCAAUCCCAGGCACAUCGACCACAAUCUAGUGCUUGGUGUUAGUCUCGGUGGGCAUAGUGCUUGGCAGCUCAUGUUUGCGGAGCCGAGAGUCACGGCUGGUGUUAUGGUGAUCGGGUGUACUGAUUAUAUGGGUUUAUUGAAGGACCGCGCGCGUUUAUCGAGGCUUCAGACUUACUCAACCCAAGAUAACGGCGCAUCGUUCUUGGGAAGCAAGGACUUCCCGAACGCAUUAGUCGCCACGUGCAAAAAAUAUGACCCAAAAGGCUUAUUAUUUGGUACUAACCCGAUAGUCUCGCCCAUCUCAGCUGCAGAACAGGAAAGGCUACGGCCCUUACUUGACAGUAAGAUCUCGGGGAAGAGAUUCCAGGUCCUUUCUGGUGGAAAGGAUAAGCUUGUUCCCUAUGUCGCUAGUGCGCCGUUUCUCGGAUUCUUCAAGGACGCCGCCAGCACGUGGUAUAAGGAUGGUGGCAUCUACGUGGAAGACAAUGUUUACCCUGGUGCUGGGCAUGUGUUCAAUACUGAAAUGAGGGAUGAUGCUGUGAAGUUUAUCCUCUCUAGUAUAGCUCUAGCCGACGGCGAGAAGAACGCCGCAUCUUCUAAGAUCUGAUUCUAAAUAUUGUCUUC